AUGGCCGAACCCUCCCCGCUAUUGUCAGUACCUCCGGAGAUCAUUUACCUCAUCUCCGACUUCUUAACCGUCCGCCGGGCAGCAUUCUUUGCCCGCACCUGCCACGCCAUCCACGCUGCACUCGCCUCUAAACUCGACCAAACCUUCCUCUCCACCUGGUACAAGCGCCCCCUCUGGGCAGCGCAGAAAAACCGGCCCUACACGCUCGAACACUGGAGUAAUGUUGAUGCCUACCUUCUCAAUGAGGCAAUCUGCAAUACUUCCCCCGACGCCGUCCGCCUGCUCCUGGCGCGCGGCGUUGACCCCAACGGGACGACCAAGGAGAUGAGAGAGCAAGGAAGGCCUCCUCUUACGACCGCAGUCAGGCAGCAGCACGUACCGAUUGUCACAAUGUUGUUGGAGGCCGGAGCGGACGCUAGAUACCAUCCCGGGCACUUCGCAAUGAGAUCAGCGAUUUUACAGGCGUACCUAGACGACAAUAUGGAGAUUGGAGAGCUUCUGGUGAAGUAUGGGGCGGAGAUUCCCUUGUUCUCAGAAUCUUCCGAGUCUGAUUCAGAAUCUUGCACGUCUGGAGAAGAUGAUUAG